GAGGGUCGUCGAGGGGAGGGAAGGAAGGAUGUGCGAGCCACUUCCGGGUUGGGCUCUCCCUCGGAAAUGCCAUGAGUUGUAACAAUUGACCAGCGAGACGGAGAGUGGCAGAGCGGCAGAGGUGGCAGGUAAGGCAGUAGGUACGUAACCCGGGGCUGCUCCCAGGCUGAUUUCGGAGCUCCGAAUCGGUCAUCAGACAAAAGGACUGGAGAGAGAAAGAUCAGGUGGAACAUUGCAGAGAGGUGGAAGCAAGCCAGCGUUGUAGAGGAGGAAGCAAACCAAUGGCCACCCUCGGUAGCGAUUCAGAAGAAGGUUCCGAGAGGCAACCAGAGGAUCACCCAAGCGAAACCCGGGUCCAGUUCAUUAAUUCCUCGGGAGGGUAUGUCGAGACUGAUGAGUACUUGGCCGAGCAAGGUAUCAUCAAGACCGAAGUCGAAGAUGAUGGAUUUGAAAGCGCACAAACUUUUGGAUGGACCCCCGUUAUCGUGACGGGUCCAAGGAAGGUUACAGGCGAGAAGCCCCACAAGUGCUCGGUGUGUGGGAAGACCAUCUCCACCAAAGCCAAACUCGUUAUCCACGAGAGGACCCACACGGGGGAGAAGCCGUUCGCCUGCUCGUACUGCGGGAAGCGUUUCAAUCAGCAGGCGCACCUGAACGGCCACCAAAGAACCCACACGGGCGAGAGACCCUACAAAUGCCUCGACUGUGGGCGGAGCUUCAGCGAUGGGACGUCGUUCAAACGACACCAGCGGAUCCACACAGGAGAGAAGCCCUACGAGUGCGCGGAUUGCGGGCGGUGCUUCCGAGACACGACGGGCAUCAAGCGGCACAUGAUCGCCCAUAUGGCCAAGAAGCCCCACAAAUGUGAAGACUGCGGGAAAAGCUUUCUCCAUCGCUCGGAGCUGCUGAAGCAUGAGAAGAGGCACCCCAGGGAGAAACCCUACGGGUGUUCUGUCUGUACGCAGAGCUUCAGUAAACCGCUGUACCUGUUCCGGCACGGGAUAACCCAUGUCCGAGAACAGCGAGAGCAUCAGCAGCACAAAAAGAGCCUCGGUUCGGAAGCUGAAGGCGUCGCGCACGGGGCUCUCCAUGCUUCGGACGACCCAGAAGAUGGCCGGCGCCGGGUGGCGAAAUGCGCCUUGCGCCUGGAAGGGGACAGGACCUUUCGGUGCUCGGAAUGCGGGAAAAGCUUCAGCCAACAAACCAACCUGGUUGUCCACUGGCGAACCCACACGGGAGAGAAACCCUACAAAUGCCCGGAUUGCGAGAAAACGUUUGGCGACCGGACCUCAUUGAGGAGGCACAAGAGGAUCCACACCGGAGAGCGGCCCUAUCAGUGCUCAGAUUGCGGCAAGCGCUUCAAUGACAGCACAUCCUGCAAGAGGCACAGGACGACCCACACAGGCGAGAAGCCCCAUAAGUGCAAAGAUUGCGGGAAGAGCUUCAUGUAUCAAAUCCAGCUGAAUAAACAUGAAAGAAGCCAUGCUGGGGGGAAGCUGUAGAGGAGAUCCAAGCUGUGGAUCAGUUUCUGCUCAAGGCCCAUUCCUCUCACCUCUUGGAGAAGGAAUUCCCAGAACAGGGGAAAAAAA